CCUGCGCUGCUCCCACUGCAGUUCCUCCGCGGCGCAGAGGACUACGCCGACCUGCCUGGCUGAGCAAGGACGGAGAAAUGAGCUCGUCCUCCGGCGCUCACAUCGCACUAACGUGAGCGUGCCACGACUCUACUUCACGGACACACACACACACACACACAAACACAGAAGACUCUGCUGUUUACAAAUCCCCAGCUCGGUGUCGGACAGUCCCACCCGCAGCCCGGACCAUGGCGGAGAGAAGUGGCCGGUUGAGUUUCCCCGGGAGCGGGGCUCUCAACAGACCUGUGCCCAUGAACCUGUUUGCAACAUGGGAGAUAGAUGGAUCCUCCCCGAACUGCAUCCCGAGAUUGUGCAGUCUGACUCUGAAGAAGCUGGUUGUGAUGAGAGAACUUGAUAAAGAGCUGAUCUCUGUGGUCAUAGCUGUUAAAAUCCAGGGCUCCAAACGGAUUUUGAGGUCCCAUGAGAUAGUGCUGCCACCCAGUGGGUCUGUGGAGACUGAUCUGGCUCUCACCUUUUCACUGCAGUACCCUCACUUCUUAAAACGAGAAGGGAACAAGCUGCAGAUCAUGCUGCAAAGGCGGAAGAGAUACAAGAACCGAACUAUCUUGGGCUACAAGACUCUUGCAGUUGGAUCUAUUGAUAUGGCCGAGGUGAUGCAGCACCCGACAGAAGGAGGCCAGGUUCUGCCUCUCUGCAGCAACCAGAAAGACAUGCUGGGGAAGGUGGCAGAGAUCUGGAUUUUCUCCCUGUCCAGUCAGCCAAUAGACCACGAGGAGGCAGCCCUGCAGGGAGGACAGAAGAUCAAAUGUUCGGAUAACUACUCAGAGGAAGAAUAUGAGAGCUUCUCCUCAGAGCAGGAGGCCAGCGAUGAUGCCGUGCAGGGACAGGAUCUCGAGGAUGACGAGUACGAUGUCAGAAAGCCAAAGAAGCAGAGGAGGUCGAUUGUAAGGACCCCCUCCAUCACCAGACAGCAGAACUUUAAGCAGCGAGUUGUGGCUCUUCUGAAGCGGUUCAGAGUUUCAGAUGAGGUACUGGACUCAGAGCAGGACCCUGCAGAGCCGCCCCCUGAGGUGGAGGAGGAGGACCUAGACCUGGAUAGUGUUGAGUUUGAGAACCCGAGUGACAGUGGCCCGGAGCUUGAUGACGAUGACAGCGUCCUCAGCACACCAAAACCCAAACUCAAGCCAUAUUUCGAGGGUCUCUCCCUCUCCAGCUCUCAAACUGAGAUUGGCAGCAUCCACAGCAGCCGGAGCCACAGGGAGCCUCCUAGCCCGAUUGACCCAGAUAAAACCAAGUGUGGAGGGGCCAAAUUUCCUGAUGACAAUGUGUCUGAUAACAUCUCCUUUGAGCAGCCAGAGGCAGUGACUCCAACCACAGAGCUGGAGAUGGACAACAUGGACACAUUUUUAGAGAGACUGCCACCAAGUGGCAAAAUGACCAAGACAGAGUCCCUGAUCAUUUCAUCCAACAGGCAGGAACCGAAGUUGGCAGGGAGGCGAGGUAGGAGCACGUCACUGAAGGAGCGCCAGCCCAGCAGGCCGCAGAACGAGAGGGCCAACAGCCUGGACAACGAGCGGUCCCUGGACACACGCUGCCACCUACAGAUCCCAAGAAAGACAGUGUAUGAUCAACUAAACCACAUCCUGGUGUCUGAUAACCACCUCCCUGACAGCAUCAUUCUCAUCAACACGUCAGACUGGCAGGGCCAGUAUCUUUCAGAUAUGCUGCAAAACCACCAUCUACCAGUGGUCUGCACCUGCACCACAGCCGACAUCCAAGCUGCAUUCAACACCAUCGUCUCCCGCAUACAGAGAUUUUGCAACUGUAACUCCCAGACACCCAUCCCCAUAAAGAUUGCAGUGGCCGGAGCACAGCAUUACCUCAGCGCUGUUCUGAGGCUUUUUGUGGACCACCUUUCCCAUAAGACCCCUGACUGGCUCGGCUACAUGAGGUUCCUUAUCAUCCCUCUAGGUGCACAUCCAGUCUCUAAAUAUCUCGGCACUAUUGACUAUCGAUACAACAGUUUGUUCCAAGAUGCUGCCUGGAGGGACCUGUUUCACAAGCCAGAGGCUCCUGUUAUUGCCCAGGAGAACCCAGACGUGGUGUCAAGGGUAACUCAGUACAUGGUGGGAGCUAACGGAGCUCACCAGCUUCCCAUCGCAGAGGCCAUGCUCACCUACAAACAGAAGAGGAAAAAGAGCUUUCAUUUUGAUUUUGCAGUAAGUCUCUCUGUUUCUUCCCUGGGGGGGCGAUGGCAGGUUUCUUCAAGCCCUGAUGAGGACUCGUGUCAGAAAUUCAUCCCUUUCAUUGGGAUGGUGAAAGUUGGCCUCGUGGAGCAAACAUCUGCAACGUCAGGUGACUCUGAUGAUGCAGCACCUCUGGGCUCCUCGCUGCUCUCCUCCACUCCUCCACAAAUGUCACCCGCACUCAAAGAGGCAUCACCCACACCACCCUCCUCUCCCUCUGUCACAACCAGCUUCUGUGCCUACAGUUCUGUAGGUCAGGCGGAACUGAUGGGGCUUCAGGUGGACUACUGGGUGGCUCCAACAGAAAGGAAGAAAGACAUGGAGAAGCGGGACUCCUCCUCCAAAAACACUUUGAAGUGUAAUUUCCGCUCGCUGCAGGUCAGCCGGCUGCCACUGGGGGGUGCAGAGCCGAGCCCCCAGCCCACCAUGUCCAUGACUGUGGUGACCAAGGAGAAGAAUAAGAAAGUCAUGUUCCUGCCAAAAAAGAGCAAAGACAAGGAGGUGGAGUCGAAGAGUCAAGUGAUCGAGGGCAUCAGCCGGCUCAUCUGCACUGCCAAGCACCAGCAGACCAUGCUGAGAGUACUGAUUGACGGCGUCGAGUGGAACGAUGUCAAGUUUUUCCAGCUGGCGGCACAGUGGUCCUCACACGUCAAACAUUUUCCCAUCGGGAUCUUUGGACACUCAAAAGGCCCUUACUAGCAGCACCUAAGAGACUGAAACACUGAGGACAGCACCCCCCUUCCCCUUUCCCUUGUGCCAACAGCUUUUAACCCCCUCCUCCCUACUUUCCCCCUGCACACGUCUUCUAUUCUGCUGUCUUAAUUUAAGAUCCUGCUUUCACCUGUUGUAUUUGUCAGAUUAUUUAAUCUUUUGCGUGUUUUUUUUAAUUUUCUAUUUAUGUAAAAAUGUCUUGAGGCAAAGCUGCCAAGGGAAUAUUUCUUUACUCAGCUUUUUAAAAGAAAAAUACUGCUGAUGUUUUAUAGACUUUUGAGAAAAAACCCUAAUUACAUAAUCAUUUAAAAUUACUUUACUAACCUUUAACAUACUGUACCCAGGUUUCACCCUCUGCCAUCAAUUUUUUCAUUUGGUGAGGUUGGUUUUAAGCACUUGGCCAGCACAUUUAAUCAAGAAUAUAUUAAAAAAAAUAAAACAAGAGCAGCUGCCUUGUAAUGAA